UGGGCCCCGCAGCAGCUCCCGCCGGCCGGCUUCGUCCUGCGCUCCCUGCUGCCGGCGGCCGGGCCCGGCCGCGCCCAACCCCCGCCAUGCGGCCCCCGGGGCUCUGCGGGGCCGCGCCGCUGGCCGCGGCCGCCCUCCUGGUGCUGGGGGCGCCCCUGGCGCUGGCCGGCGAGGACUGCCUGUGGUACCUGGACCGGAAUGGCUCCUGGCAUCCAGGCUUUAACUGCGAGUUCACCUUCUGCUGCGGGACCUGCUACCAUCGGUACUGCUGCAGAGACCUGACCUUGCUCAUCACCGAGAGGCAGCAGAAGCACUGCCUGGCCUUCAGUCCCAAGACCAUAGCAGGCAUCGCCUCCGCUGUGAUCCUCUUUGUGGCUGUGGUUGCCACCACCAUCUGCUGCUUCCUCUGUUCCUGCUGCUACCUGUACCGCCGGCGCCAGCAUCUGCAGAGCCCAUUUGAAGGCCAGGAGAUUCCAAUGACAGGCAUCCCAGUGCAGCCAGUGUACCCAUACCCCCAGGACCCCAAAGCUGGCCCUGCACCCCCACAGCCUGGCUACAUGUACCCUCCUAGCGGUCCUCCCCAGUAUCCACUCUACCCGGCUGGGCCCCCUAUCUACAACCCUGCAGCUCCUCCCCCCUAUAUGCCACCACAGCCCUCCUACCCAGGAGCCUGA